AUGUCUUUGCUACGUCUCAAUCCCACACUACGAGCACUAUCACGCGCUGUGACUCGCCCAAGUGUCCCCUUUGUGACAAGGAGCAUUUUGAACAGAACCGAAUUUAGUAACGCAGAUGUCAUCGGCCAACGACGCUGUGCUUCAGGUCCCAAACCCAAAUCGAACUGUGUUGCCAAAAUCAAGCAUCCUGCUCCAGCUUGGGAAGCCAAUGCAGUGAUUAACGGAAAUAUAAGAAAUCUUUCUCAUCUUGAUUUCGCAAACAAAUAUUUAGUGUUGCUCUUUUUCCCACUUAACUUCACAUUUGUAUCUGAUAUAAAGAAAGAGAUAUCAACUGCGUACGGAGUAUUGUUUGAAGAAAAAGGCUUCGCAUUCCGAGGUUUAUUUAUAAUUGAUGAUCUAGGCUUGCUUCGAGUAUCCCAAAUCUAUGAUACCGAAAUUGGCCGAUCGGUUGAUGAAACGCUUCGAUUGAUUCAAGCAAUACAACACGCUAAUACUUAUGGUGAAGUAUGCCCAGCUAACUGGAAAAGAGGCAGUCAAGCUAUCAAGCCAAAUCCAAGGGAUUCAAAAGAAUAUUUUGAGAAACAGGGAAGAUGA